CUCUCUGUGGUUUCUGCGGUGUCACGUAUCAAAGGCCCGCCCUCACCUGAGGCCGCCUGCAGGCUUCCAGGAAGGAAGUCUCCAACGACUGAUGCGGUCGAGCUUCAAACGCACCUUUAAAACUUCAGAGGGACGGAUCGGAUCAGAACGGAGGGGAUGGUAUAAAAAACAAACGCACCCGAGGGAGGACACAGACGAGAGAGAGGGUCAGAACCACCUGAACAGACGAGCGAGAGGUCAGAACCACCUGAAGAGACGAGCGAGAGGUCAGAACCACCUGAAGAGACCAGCAGCCGGUUCCUCAAGACCUCCAACCAUCCAUACAGAUCAAUAACUGGACUAGAGCUACGAGAACGAGGAGAGGAACAUCCAGACGGCUGAUAGAGGACUGACCGGUACAUCCAUUGAUCCAUUGAUCGGACCAUGUGGAGAAGCGUCCUGUGUGUAUCUCUGGUCUGGGGUCUGGGUCUGGGUCUGGAUCUGGACCGCAACACCAUCCGGUCCUCCAAAGAGACCUCGCAGCAGAAAGGCGGGCUGCCGGAUCGUAUCCAUGGCGACAGGGUGGAGCGUCCCGUACGCCGCCGCACGGAGACGAAAAAAUGCUCUACACUCGACUGUUACCUACCAACGCAGGUGGGAGGCUGCAGCAACCGAGCUCAGAGGAGACCGUUCUCACAGGACAGACAGGUGGACAGACAGGUGGACAGACAGGCGGACAGACAGGCGGACAGACAGGCGGACAGACAGGCGGACAGAGACAUCUUCAACAGGACCAAAGCUCCAGAAAUGUCCAGCUGCGUCCGGUCCGUUGACUGCGCUUCCGGUCUGUGCUGCGUCCGGUACCUGACCGGGAAGCGCUGCCAGCGGAUCCCGGUGGAGGGCGAGGCCUGCCUGCUGCGCAGCUCCGGUAAACUGCGGAGGAAACUCGGCCGCUGCGAGUGCGACGCUGGGCUGUCCUGCGCCGCCGACAGGGGGGCGGAGCCAGGGAGAGCCAAAGGACAGGGGGUGUGUCAGCCCCGCAUGGGGCGGGGCCAGAGGAAUACAAGGCAUUCUGGGAAGAAAAAGCAAACUGUGGAGCGGAGCUGCUAAUGCGCUUUUUAUGAACUCUUUAUUUAAAUAUAAUUUGUGAGAUGAACUUUAAUCUCAAGUUAAAUUAGUCAACAUUCUUAUUGUCGUUAAUAAAAGUCGGUCGAACAUUAAAAAGAGAGUGUGACUGUUAUUGUUAAAAUGUUUAAUAAGAAUAUAUUAUAUAUUAUUUAUACUGCCCUAUUCAACAAAGCUAGUAAAAAUGCAACAUUAGACCAGACUGCUUCACAGCUAUAUAAUGUAAAAGAAAUGCAUCCGAUUGUUGAAGUGAAGAGGCUCCAUGUUGUUUUAUCUGCUGAUUUAUUAAUCCUCCAUGUAUCUGUUGACACUUAAAGAUGUAGUUCAGAUGAAACGUGUUUGUUUAACAGCUACAAACUCCAUCUCAGCAAAAGAAAAACGAAAACAAAUGUUUCAAUUGUCAAGGCAACUUUUCUGUUUUAUUUUAUCUUGUUAUUCUUUUUUUUGGACUUAAAAAAUAAAACACUGUUGGGACAUUGUGAAACAAA